ACCGGAACGGGAAAGACCUUCAACGCACGGAGAGCACUGGAAUUCCUGACCGGGAGCGUAUCUCCUAAUGCCGGUGAGCGGCGAAACAUGGCUUGUUGUUUCGUGCAAAGGAUCUCGGACGCUUGCCGUUUGAUAUCAGCCUUCACAAUCGCGCCCACCGAGAACAACCAAGUCAGCUCGAGGCAUGUGCAACUCGUGUGGCUCGAAUACAAGACGGAUAGUAUAUGCGGCGCAACGAUAUCCUCCUAUCUCUUGGAAAGGGACAGAGUCACGAAGGGCUGCAACAAUUUUCAAAUUUUUAAUCAGAUGAUGACCACGAUAGAUCACGUAGAGUUCGCGGAUACCGGGCUGUCGAAAAACACGCGAUACUCCUUAUUGAGCGACUGGAACAAUUUAAAAACAUGGGAGUUCUGCGACGGCUUUCGCGAGACCAAAAGAGCGAUGGACACGCUGGGACUUACAAAGAGUCAGAAAAGGGACAUCUUCCUCGUUCUCUCCAUGAUUAUACACAUGGGAAACAUACGAUUCGUCCAGGACGACGAUUAUUGCAGGAUCGAUACUGACGAUCAACAAUCUAGAGAAGCCCUGGAGAAUACGUGCCGACUGGCUUGCGUCAAGAAAGAGGACCUUGCCGAGUUGCUCACGUCCACCUUGAUAAAUCCUCACAGCCUUUGGCGCCGGCACUCCACUUAUCGACGUAAUCUCAACACGAGCGAUGCCUGUCGCUACCGAUUGCACAGCAUCAUCCGUCACUUGUACGAUCUUCUCUUCCAAUGGCUAAUUAAUUACAUAAACGAGAUCUUGACCGCCCGUCUAUACAGCGAACAAUUGGGAAUAUUGGAUAGCUUCGGUUUCGAGUGCUUUAAUUCAAACGGCAUCGAGCAACUUUGCAUUAAUUAUGUCAACGAGAGAUUACAACAAUACUUCGUGGAAAAGCAUUUGGUGUCCUAUCGAAACGAGCUGGAAAAGGAGGGCCUGAUCGAUAAUCAGGAACUGUCAGAAAUCACACGGUCAUACGGAGACCGCAUAAACACGAUCGAGAAAUAUCUGUUCACUACUCUAAACGACAUGUGUUUAUCGGCAAUUCCGAGCAAUUUGUCCACGUUAGUACAUCAGGUGCGUGCUAAGAUUUGUCCCGCGACGAAGCGAUUUUUGAACGUGUCGAAUGAAAAUUUCAUCGUGCAGCAUUACAGCGGUAUCGUGAAAUAUACCACUUAUGAUCUACUUUCCAAAAAUACCGACAAGAUUCCGGACGAAAUAAUUAUAACGUUCAGCGUAAGUGAGAACAAUUUUCUGUACUCCUUAAUUAAUAAAAGUAAGCCGCGUGACGAUAGAAAAGCGAAGAAGCCUACGAUGCUUUCGAAACUGCAAUGCAACGUGGACCUGCUGAUAGAGGAGUUAAACAAAUGCGACGUGCAUUACGUUCGCUGCAUUAAGCCACAGCGACUUAAUAGCCACGAGUGGGACCGAGAAGAGCUUCGCAGGCAGCUAAUUAAUACGGGGAUUUUUGAGGCUUUGCCGUUAGCCAGAGUUAAAUAUCCGAUCCAGUUCGUUUACAAAGAUUUCUUGAAACGCUACGGUAGAAGACAUAUAGAAACGUACAAUUUACAUAUCGCUUGUAAAAAAAUAUUAGAGUCAUUCCGCCGAACAUUAGAUGAUGACAACUCAUCAGUGUAUUAUGGGAAACGUUUGAUUUUCAUAAGAGAAUCCAUGUUCUUGCGAUUAGAGUCUGCGAGGAAGCGAUAUCGUGCUGAAUGUGUCAAGAAGAUAGAAUCUUUUUGGAUAAAAUACAGAAGUCAUACGCAAUAUUCGGAUAAAAAUGUAUCCAAUGAGAUUCAUGCAAUCUUUAAUACUAGUGAGUCGAUUGAGAAAUCCGAAUCGGAAACAAAGAAUGUCAUGUUUGCAGAAAGAACCUUAGAUGCAGGAAAUCAUCAAUUGCAAGAAAAUGUAAAAAAAAAUACCGUCAAUGAUACUCAAACGAUCGUUAAACGCGAGCAGUCUCAAUUCGAAAAAUCCUUGUUAGAAUAUGAAAGCAUUAUACCAGUACAAGAUAUUCCAAGAUAUUUACUAUCUGGAAAACAUGUAGUAACAACAAUAGUGAGAAAAACUGCAUACAUAUUGAAUUGGCUGGACGGUGUGAAAAGAACGGAAAAUUCAGGAAAUUGUACACCCUCGAUAUUGAAACAGUUGCGAGAAGAUUACAGUGACCAGUCAGACAAUAUUAAUUACAUCAAUAAUUGUGGCAUUCAGUCAUGUGAUGCGUCACGCAAGUUUUUGGUUAAGAAUAAUAAUACUAACGAUAAAUACUUAAAUAAUAAGUUUUGUAUGCGAAAUAGACGUGAGAAUAACCCUGGACAUUAUAACGAAAAAGAAGAUAUGUAUAUUAUACAAUACGACACUGUUACACUAUUUUACAAAAAUGGAAUUUUGAGCCGAUGUCAUCCACCAAAGCUACCAAUUAGAAUACACACUCGUCCCACGUCCCUAAACAACUCACAUUAUUCGGUACACACGGAGCUACCGCAGGGUCUACAGGAUUGUCUUUAGAAAAAAAUUGUAGAAAUAUAACUCAUAAUUUAGAAGAAUCCUCCCUGCACUGAAUACAUAUAAUUUUUUACAUAAUUUA